ACGAGAGUUAUGUACCUUGUGCUACCAUGUUGUUUGUUGUGGGAAGUAGUUAAAGAUAACUCCGCUGAGAUUAUUGUUUCCUGAUUAUCCUGUGAAAACGGAUAUAACAUUAAAAUUUUAACAGAAAACAAACAAAUUGCACAGUUCAUCUGACAAUGCCACCAAAAGAAAGAAAGAUUGCAUUUAUGGGGUUCAGAUCAGUUGGUAAAUCCUCACUCAUUAUCCAAUAUGUGGAGAAUCAGUUUGUUGACUCGUAUGAUCCUACCAUAGAAAACACAUUUUCAAAAACAACCCGAGUCGGAGGCCAGGAUUAUGAGCUGCAUGUGAUCGACACAGCUGGGCAGGAUGAGUACUCUGUUAUACCCCAGUCAUAUUUUAUCAACAUCAAUGGCUACGUCUUGGUUUACUCUGUUAACUCACAAAAAAGCUUUGAAGUGGUGAAACAUGUUUACGACAAGAUCAUUGAUAUGAAAGGAAGAAUUACGGUCCCAAUAGUUUUAGUAGGAAAUAAGAAGGAUCUUCGUUUUGAAAGGGUUAUAUCAGAAGAGGAGGGUAGGCGCUUAGCUGAAUCCUGGAAGGUUCCAUUUCUUGAAGCAUCGGCUAAAGAAAAUUCAUCUGUGAAGGAUAUAUUUGACACCAUUUUAAACACAAUGAGACAGAAGGAGAACGGCGAGACACAGGAGAAAGGCUCCUGUGUUUUAUCCUAGUACCUGCGCUUAGAUCAUUCACUCUCUGUUCUCUUUAGUUGUCAAGAUUUUAUUUUUCCUCCAAAUUCAUUCUAAAACAUUGUUACCUUUUAACUUAUUACAUUAUUGCUUCAUCGUGUUGUCUUCAUAUGGUAAAGUGUACACUCAUUGGGGGUAUAGUAACAGAAAAUGGGUUCACGUACAUACGUUGUAUAGGGUACAGGUUCAUUUGGGUAUCCCUAGGGUGUAUAUGAGGUUCUCAUAUUGUAUAGAUUUUAAUCAAAUAUUUUGUUGUACUAGUCUGGAUGCUUGUUGCUUUUUCUUGAGGAAAUUUUUGUUGUUCUAUAUAAACUUGGCCAUAACUGUGAAGUAUAUGCGAUACCGACAUCCACCUAGUGUUGGGUGAAUGCUAAACAGGAGCAGAUGUUACACCCUUGGUUAGGUGUUCUCAGAUGAUUGAGAGGUGUGGUAUCCUCUACAAAAUAAGCAGGAAUCUUGACAGAUCCAUGCACUUCCCUUUUUCAUUAGAAAAUAAAGUUGAAGAUUGCAUACCAGAAUCUUAAAAUUCCUAUCCUGAACUUGAAACAACCAGGAAAAAAUUAUAUGAUGAUAUAGGAUAAAUAGUACCAGAUAUUUUGAUUUGUACAUAAUUUUAAUCAUAGGACUUACCGUUCACAAUGAAUGUAAGUAUAAAGUUUAUUAUAGAUCAGAACAAGAAGUGGAUGGGAAUGAUUGUUUUUUUUUAAUUUGGGUACUGGUGUGAUCCCUUUAUUCUAAAGGAUGCAAAAAUUAUCCCUUUUAAAAUAGCUGCACAAUGAGUAGCUUCCCAUAGUUUUUUUUAAACUGCUAGUUGUUGACUGUUUCACAUGGAUGAAUAUGACUGGUUGUGAGGACUGCAUUUUCAAAGUUACUUGUUAGAUAAUUUUAAAAGACUAAUGCAACAAGAAGGUGAUGGGUUAUGUCAUUUUAAAAAAAAUUGAUAGUUCUAUUUCCACUAUUUGAUCUUUAUAGACUUUGUAGAUAUUUUUAGAUGUGUCUUCGUCUAAAAUAUGAUAUCAAGUUAUGUAAGAUAUAUCUGAUUGUAAAUAUUUAGCACCCUCUGUGUACCAAUUGUUUGGUAAUAUUUAAAAAAUGCUUUACUUUUAAUAUGCCAUUGAUUCCCACAGAGCCAGCAGACUCACUGAGAUGUUAUUAUGUACAAGUAUCGUCAAAAGCUUUUUAUCUUUUAUAAAAAAUCUGCUUUCUACUUCCAGUAGAACUAUAAGCGUAGAUAGAAUUUCACCCAUGUAAUUCAUUGUUGAAUUAAUUGCUGACAGUAAAUCAUGAUACCAUUUUUGUUUUUGAGGUGAGAUCAAAAUACCUGUCCAGAAAAAUUGAAGAAAAUAAAAAGAGCAAAAUAAAUAAAGAUAUCACUAGAUA